GUGGCAGUGUGCUCUGUGGCGAAGGAGACGGAAGUGAAAGAGGAGGACUUCCCUCCGGACAAUAAUUCAAUCAUUUUUAACUGAGCUCAGCCGCUUGCCCCGACAUGUCUACAGCAUACAAAAACAGAAUACAAGAAUUUAAAGUGGCAUUGAGUGAAGAAAACAUCAAUUUGAAGACCUUGCGAGAGUUAUGCUUUAAUGGUAUUCCAUUUGAAGGAGGUAUACGAGCACUUUGUUGGAAAAUUCUUCUCAAUUACUUACCUCUUGAUCAGACAGUAUGGGAGUCUUUCCUAAAAAAGCAAAGGGAGGUGUACUCGCAGUUUUUAAAAGAAAUGAUCAUCCAACCCGGUAUUGCUAAAGCAAAUUUGGGCCUUUCUAGAGAGGAUGUGACAUUGGAGGACCAUCCUUUGAAUCCAAAUCCUGACAGUAGGUGGAAUACCUACUUCAGAGAUAAUGAGAUUCUUCUUCAGAUUGACAAGGAUGUGAGGCGGCUAUAUCCUGACAUGGCAUUCUUCCAGCGGCCAACCGACUACCCAUGCCAACUUAUUUUAGAUCCUCAAAAUGAUUACGAGACACUUAGGCGACGAGUGGAACAAACUACCUUAAAAGCGCAAACUGUAAAUCGCAACCGCAGUGGAGUCACAAAUGUUAGCUCUCCUGGAAAAGCUUUGAACCUGUAUCCAUCCAAUGAAUAUGAGGUGCUGCCCAAUGGAAGUGAAGCACACUGGGAGGUUGUUGAGCGAAUCCUGUUCAUUUAUGCCAAGCUGAACCCUGGCAUAGCCUAUGUACAGGGCAUGAAUGAGAUUGUUGGCCCAAUAUAUUAUACCUUUGCGACAGACCCCAACAGCCAGUGGAAAGAACAUGCUGAAGCAGACACUUUCUUCUGUUUUACAAACCUGAUGUCAGAGAACAGAGACAACUUCAUUAAGAGCCUAGAUGAUUCACAGUGUGGCAUCACCUACAAGAUGGAAAGUGUGUACUCGAUGCUUAAAGAGAAAGAUUUGGAGCUCUAUCUGAAACUGGAGGAGCAGAACAUCAAACCCCAGUAUUUUACAUUCCGCUGGCUGACCCUGUUGUUAUCACAGGAGUUUCUUCUGCCAGAUGUCAUCCGGAUUUGGGACACCCUGUUCUCAGAUCUGGACCGUUUCCAUUUCCUGAUUGUUGUCUGCUGUGCAAUGCUAAUACUCAUCAGACAAAACUUGCUUGCUGGGGAUUUUACUGUGAAUAUGAGGUUAUUACAGGAUUAUCCGAUCUCAGAUGUACAAACCAUUUUGGCUAAAGCCAAAGACCUGCGGGAUAACUCAUAACAUCAGUAAAACCCCAAACUGCUUUUGUAUUGAGUAGUCUGCAGACUGCCAUAGAAAUAGGAUGGAGACCUGAAGUAUUGUUUUGUGGGCAAUGAGUUGAUAGCCACUAGUUGUAUGUGGUUGUCCUCUUCAAGCCGUUUCUCCCAUGGAGAUUUCUUAUCCUCUAAUAAUGAUGUUUGCUACAUUAAUCUUACACUACCAAUUUCAGUACAUCAACAUGCUGGAAAUGUACAGUGAUGAAGCCAACAGCAUUGCCACUUGUUUUGUGUAUCAAAUAUUUAUAGUUUGAACAAUAGUGCAUGUUUGUUCUUUUAAACAUUUU